AUGCCAUUCGGCACCAAAACUGUAUUUCGCGAUGCUCAUCGCUCGCUCUUCGUCCUCAACUCGGUUGACAUGGAUUUCGAUCCACUCUCGUUAUACACGGCUCAAACUCCCGGGGAAGAGGAAUUCGAUCAAGAACAAUACACCGAGCAAUCACCAAAGGACAUACCGCAGGAGACCUUAAAUAGUGAUGUUAACCUAGCAGAUUAUGAAGAAGACGACGAUCCAAUGCACCCCGUUCACCCUCUAGAUCUUCCCGCUAUACGACUUCAGCCACCCAGAGCGGUCCUACACACUUUAUUGAGACUCUUAGCUCUAGAAGAGAUAUACAAUUUCUCCAAUAGCUCGAAUACAGACCAAAAAUAUACCAGUGUUCAGGAAACCUUUCAACUGAAGAAUAUCAAAUUGAUCGAUGCAGAAAGAGCUUUACCUUGGUUCAGCCAACAUUGCCCAAGAUUCAACACGCUAGAAAAACUUCUGUAUCUACCAUACCUCGCAGGACCAUUGAAAGCUACCGGUCAAUAUAAUGCAUGGCUAAGUAAAAUCAUUUCCAGCGGUCUUUCUUGGAUUCCAAAUUCUGACGACAUUAUGAAAGAGGCGACCCUUCGACUAUCCGAGAACUGUGGACGAACAGCUCAGCCGGAGAUUGUUCGCAAAAUAGGUAUUCCGAACCUCGAUAAGAUUUACAAAAAUGGAGCAUAUUUGCAGCUUCGUGAGCCUUCUUUGACUGGCGAUAAUUUGGGCCUUAAAACAUGGGGUCUGUCACUAGUUCUUUCCAAUAGACUAGUUAACAAUCCUAGGGAAAAGUAUCUAAGGGAGCCAGUUUUGGAAUUGGGUUCUGGUACCGGGCUAGUAGGAAUGGCCAGUGCAAUCUUGGGCUGCGAAACGUUUCUAACCGAUCUUGCUGAAAUUGUACCUAAUCUUGUGAGCAACAUAGAACUCAAUCAGGUUGAGUGUACUGUCCAUGAAUUAGACUGGAGAGAUCCAAGUUCAUUCAAAAGAACCUUCCCCAAUCAGAAAUUCAAAACAAUUAUUCUAAGUGAUCCUAUCUAUUCCUCGUUACACCCUCAAUGGGUGUUCAAUAUGGUCAAUGAGUUUUUGAAAGAUGACGAAGAUUCUCGAGUUCUCUUACAGAUUCCACUUCGACCAAAAUAUGAAGAAGAACGAGAGAGGUUAUGGUCUUUGAUGAGCGACUUUGUUGAAAAGGAAAGCUGCAUCGAAGAAGGUUUUGAUGAUUUCGGAGCUAUGAGGUACAGCUUCAAGUUAUACACAAAGAUAUGA